AUCGACGCAAGAGGAAGAGGAACACCUCAAUCGCUGCCGGCCCAUCCGCCCUGCUCGCUCGGCGCCUCGGUCACUUCAGUCCCCCGUCUCCGCGCCGCCGGCCGCCAGGAUCGCCCCUCCCUCCCGGGCCCUGGCUCCUUAGCCCUCGCCGUCGCCGCGCCCCACGCCUGAGCUCCGCCCCCCUCGUCCCGCCGUGCGCCCACGCCCGCGCCCGGCGACCGUCAGUUACGAAAACGAGAUUAAGCAUAACCUUGGCUUGCUCUGUUGCUCUCAGCAAACGCUGGUCACAAGUCGGCACUGGGGGAUUAGCUCGGGUUUAACUCAAAGCCUUCACCCACCUCCAGCUUCAUGGCGGCCACCAACGCAGCGGCGGAGGCGGAGGCGGAGGCGAGGAGCAUCCUUGCACGCGCCGCGGAGUCCUCCUUCCCGCCGCUCCACGCCGUGCACCACCUCCUCUCCGUCGGGAUCUGUGUACGAUGCAUCCUUCGCCUGUUUGGAGCCUAUAGCAGUUCCUGCUCUUGUGUGUCUCUUACGGCAUCAGUGUUGCAUUCGUUUCUUGAAGAGCAUGAUGAUUUCAUAAAAGGAGGGUUUUGUCCAUGUCUGUCAACAGAUGAUGCAUACUGCUCUGUCUGCUUGGGAGUAUUGCUGCCAGCCUGCCAUCAAGAUGAAGGGAAAGGAACGCCCCAUGGUGUUUCUCAUAUUGAUAACAUCUCUUCAAUGAUAUCUCAAGUAGUCCAAAGAGAGAGUUACCAAGUUGACGGGUUCUCUCUAGAAAUUUCACUGCCACCAGUUAUAGCAGUUACUGAGCGUGCAGUUAGAUUGUAUAUGAAACAAAAAUAUGGCAAUGAGAAUUGGUUCAAAGACAAAACGUUUCCACAGCAAACCAUGUCAGUGAAGGAAGCCUUGCGACUCUUGAUAGUACCAUCACUCGAGAAACAAAUUAAUGCUAAACAUUGUAACAAUUCUUUUCGAAUUCGCUUAACAUAUACUCAUGGUGAUGCUUCACAAAAGCUUCAAAGUUUAUUGCCAAAUGAACAUGGCCGUAAAAGAAAAACAGAGUCAAGAAAUGGAAGUGAUACUUAUAGUGAGGCUCACAAAAGGAAUUCAACAGAUGACAAUGGUAAACAUACAAUAAGUGAAUCAGAUUCAUUCAUCAACAAGACUCUUGAGGGCAUCAAAGAUCAAGAGUUAUGUAAUUUAAUUCAGUUGCCACCUGAAAAGGUGUCCAAAUCCUGCCAUCUUGUGAUAUCAUGCCUGAGAUCACCUAUAUAUAUUGGUGGAAGAUACUUGAAGCUUUCAAGGAAUGUCAGUCAGUCAUGUUGGAUAAUCGACGAUGAGAGAAUGGGGGAAGCAUCAGUUGAGGAGAUAAUUGGGGAGAACGUUCGUGCCAUCUGCAGAUGUGAUAGCUACAAGUUCCACGCUGCUGGAAGAGAAGACAUUGAUGUACGGAUGCUUGGAUCUGGUCGUCCAUUUCUAGUUGAAGUCCUGAAUGUUCGAUCCAUCCCAUCUGCAAUUGAAGUUCAACAAAUUGCAGAAAAGAUUAAUAACUCUGAAAAGAAAUAUGUCAGAGUUCAUAAUCUCAAGUUGGUAGGCAAUGAAAUAUGGACCAUGAUGCGUGAAGGAGAAUCAGAGAAACAGAAACAAUAUGCUGCCCUUAUAUGGACUUCUCGUGAACUGGCGGAUAAUGACCUGCAUAACAUUUCCCUUAUGAAGGAUAUGGAAAUUGUACAGAAGACCCCAAUAAGAGUACUUCAUCGUAGAAGCCCGUUAGAACGAAAACGUAUUAUACACUGGAUGGAGAUUGAGAAAGUUGCAGGCAGCUCAAACUAUUACUUGCUGCAUCUAUGCACUCAGGCUGGGACAUACAUUAAAGAAUUUGUGCACGGUGAUCUUGGACGCACGCACCCAAGUAUUGGUGCCAUAUUACAGUGCAGAGCUGAGAUAUUGCAACUCGAUGUCACUGAUGUUAAGAUGGACCUCCUGCAGUAGCGUGCCCCUAUCUGAUACCAUGCUCCAUUUGUAUGACCGGUUCCCACAUGUGUGCGUCUACGAGACGCGAUCCCUGCAUAUGACGAGGCAAUGCUGUAGCGGCAAGCACAAGGACGCCAAAAUCUGUUCUGUUCGUUGUGCGUACAAGCUCAUGGAAAAAUAAAAUGCAAAUUCCCGCAGCUACAUUUUUGUCCAUGUUGCGGAGAGAAUCGACCCAACCUCUUUCGGCUCCAGUGUAACCUUAUGCUGUAGUAUCACAAAAUCAUAUGUACAUCGAGUGACGCCCAGGCUCCAGUGUUACCUUAUUGCCUAACGCUGUUAAACUGGGCAAUGACACACUGAUACUUUCCAAAUAAGCAAAUGAGAUCAUACUUGUAGCUUGGUAACUUGACACAGAGAA